GAGAAUUCUUCAUUUGGUUCAGUCUCUCAAAGUCUCAACUUAUCCAUUCCGUACAAAUAGCCAAAGCUGCUUCGUCUUCUUGCCGAAUCUCAGCUCUCAUGCUUCUUGCUAAAUGAUUCUCGUCUAGGACCCAGAAUUCCUGCUUCUGUAACUGAAAUUUUCUCAAAUUUCCCACACAAUUGGAGUUUUGAUCGAGCGCAGAAGUUCAUAGCAUCUGAUGGAAGAAGGGUUUAUGGAAACUAGCGCCAGUCGAAAUGGUACGAAUAUGCUGUGGUUCUUCAGGGAUAAAGGGUUUGAUGACAGAAGCAUCGAUAAGAUGUUUAAAAAGUGCAGGCGUUUAGAAGCUGUGCACAAAGAAAGAGCUUCUGAAAACUGGGAAUAUUUGGAAAGAAUCGGGAUUCAAAAGAGGAAGCUCCCUUUUGUUGUUUCUAAGUGCCCUAAGAUUCUAGCUCUUGGACUCCACGAGAAACUUGUCCCCAUGGUUGAGUGCCUUGGGACACUCAGCACCAAGCCUCAUGAAAUUGCUUCAGCUAUUGCCAAAUUUCCUGGCAUACUCUCCUAUAGCGUUGAAGAGAAGCUUUGUCCGCUUUUGGCUUUCUUUCAAGCAUUGGGGGUCCCUGAAAAGCAGCUUGGAAAAAUGAUUCUACUCAACCCUAGGCUUAUUAGCUACAGCAUUGAAUCGAAGCUCAUCGAAACUGUUGAUUUUCUUGCUGGGCUUGGCCUUACGAAGGAGGGGAUGCUUGGAAAAGUUAUAGCAAAAAAUCCAUUUCUCAUGGGUUAUAGCAUUGAUAAAAGGCUCCGCCCUACAUCGGAGUUUCUGAAAUCAAUUGGCCUAAAGGAGAUGGAUCUUCAGGCAGUUGCAUUGAAAUUUCCAGACAUUUUGUGUAGGGAUGUGGACAAAGUUUUGAGACCCAAUUUGGUUUAUCUAAGGAGAUGUGGGUUUAAAGAUGGAGAAGUAGUGUCUUUGGUGACUGGUUAUCCUCCUAUUCUGAUCAAGAGCAUUAAACAUUCAUUAGAACCUCGGAUCAGAUUUUUAGUCGAAAUUAUGGGAAGAAAACUUGAAGAAGUUGCCAAAUAUCCCGACUUCUUUAAGCAUGGUUUUAAGAAAAGGCUCGAGUUGCGGCAGAAAUUGUUGAUAGAGAAGAAAGUGGACUUUACCUUGAGUGAAUUGCUGGAAUGCAAUCAAAAGAAGUUUAUGAUGAAAAUGGGUUUAUUAUGAGGCUAUUCCUGGAGUUUUAGGUUCUCAUAUCCUGAAAGAAUGUUGUUCUCUCACCAACUUUACAAGUUUUGUUGCCUAAUUAUUCAUUUUCCAAACUUCUAGUUAAAGUGAAGAGCAUUCAUCCUGCUGGGCUAUAGUCUUUAGGCCUGGAUUAUUCUUCUCCUUAAUUCAUGCUUCAUGCUUUAAGCUUUUAAUGGUGUUCCUUAAUUUUUAACAAUUCGAGUGGAGUGGAGUACAGAGUACCCUUUGUAACUCCUUUCUCUAUUUUGUAAAGGUAGGGAUUUGGACCCCUGAUCCUCUCUUGUAUUUUUGGUAUUACUCUUAUUCUUCGAUCCAUUAUUCUUAACAGUUACAAUGGAA